UGUUAUUCUGUGUGCGCAAGCCGAAAAGCACCAAUAGGUGUCCUAGACUGGGACAUUCGCAGGGUUUUUGAGCAGGAAGUAAACGGAAGUGCAAGUCAACAUUGAUCAGCUGGGUUGCACGGGUUGCACCAAGGCUGCUCUGUAAAGAUCUGAAAGUGUUUCCCAGAGAUUUCAACCUCAAAUCUAUUUUCAAGUGUAUGCAAUAAGGGUCCACCAUGCAGGUGGCCGGUAAUCCAGUGGCGAUGCUGGAGCGUCGUGCUCUCGGCCUGGGCGGCAGUCACCUGACAGGGCUGAUGGACCAGCGUCUGGACUCGGCCUCCUACCUGUAUAACCGUGACCUGCGCGGACACUUCGGCUGCAUCAAUGCCAUCGAGUUCUCUGGAUCGGGGUCACUGCUGGUGUCAGGCGGUGACGACCGCCGGGUGCUGGUCUGGGAUGUAUCGCGCACCGUCUCCGGCGGACCGCUGGCCUGUGUACCGCUCGUCUCACAGCAUCUCUCCAAUAUAUUCUGCCUGGCGUUUGACGGCUCAGAGAGGCGCGUCUUCUCAGCCGGGAACGACAAACAGAUCAUCGUGCACGACCUGACGACGGGUGCCGCAGUGGAUGUGUUCACCGAACAGCAGGCCGUCUACGGUCUGCACGUGAACCCCUCACAGGAACAGGUGUUCGUCGCGUCCUGUGAGAACGGCCGCGUCCUGCUGUUCGACCUCAGGAUGAGUCUCGCAGACCCUCUCUCACUAGUGGAGGAAGGCCAGUCUCUGGCGGCCUACUACUCAGCCAUGUUCAGUCCCAUGGAACCGAGACUGGUGGCCACCGCCAACUCCAAGAGCGGUGCAGCCGUCUAUGAUGUGGCCAUGCCCGGAAAGGUACUGCAGCGGUACGGCGGCUCACGGUACGGCGCCAUGUCGGCGCGGUACAGCUCGGACGGACGCCGUCUGUUCGUUCUCCGUCGCAGGCUGCCGCCCGUGCUGUACGACCUCAGGACGUCCUCGGCUCCGCUCUGCCAGUUCGACAACCCGCUCUACUACAACUCGUGCACAAUGAAGAGCUGCUGUUUUGCCGGCUCCCGCGAUCAGUACGUGCUCUCUGGCAGUGAUGACUUCAGCCUCUACAUGUGGAAGAUUCCCGACGAUCCAGAGGUACGACACGUGAGUCGGGCACACUCGGUGCUGCGCGGCCACCGGUCCAUCGUGAACCAGGUCCGCUACUGCCCCCACAACGGCCUGCUCGCCUCCUCCGGCGUCGAGAAGGUCAUCAAGCUCUGGAGUCCGCUGCGCCUGCCGGACAGCCAGGGCGGCCUGUCGUUCGACUCCGAGCGUGACGGCCGUCAGCGGCGCACCCCUCGCCAGGGCGAGUACAUCGACCUGGUGCUCAGCGCUGCAGAGGAUGCGUUGGGGCCGGACAUGCACGCGCAGACAUCUGAGGAGGACCCGCGUAUGCUGGCCUUUUUCGACUCGCUGGUACAGCGCGACAUUGAGGCUCAGACCACGGAGACGAGCACGAGCAGUGAGGAGGACGGCGUGGGCCGCGGCGGCCGCCAGCCCAGCUCCGACGAGGCCACUCAUGAGCACCAUAGCUAUUUCGCUGCUACUUCUGACUCGGAGGCCAGCCGGGGCUGUGACAACAUCCUCUCCCGGAUGAUCGAGCUGAAGCGCGCUCAGCUGAUGCGCGCCGCGCGCCUGCGCCGCAGACGGGCGCAGGGCGGCGCGGGAGACAGCUCCGGCUCCGACGGCGACCCGUCACCGCAGCCCGAGGAGCGCCGCCGCCGCGUGCUGCAUAAGGCCAGGUACGUGUGGCUGCCGAUGGGCGGCCGUCAGGUCACCACCCGGUACACAGCUCGCGCGCCGCCGCUCGCAGUGCUCGACUCCGAGCCCUCGGAGCCGUCAGAGCCGUCGGAGCCGGGUUCGGAGGGUCCGCCGGCGGAGGCCGAGCCCGCGCCGCUCCGCCGGCCGCCGCGACUGGCCGCCGCCGCCGCUGCUGACGGCCAGCCGUCCGGCUCGGGUCUGCAGAGCUCGGCGUCGUCCUCCGGCGGUCCGCGGCGGCCCAGCCGGCCCCUGUCGUCCGCCUCGUCCGAGAGCUCGUCCGAGUCGAGCGACGAACGGCCGCCGCACCACCGCCGGCUCGGGAAGCUGCUCAGCGCGCUGGGCGGCGACUCGGAGGGCGAGGAGUCACCGGUCCGCUCGCCGCCGUCCCCGCAGUCACCGGCCGGCCGCAGGGAGGCGCCGCUCACCAACGGCAACACCAAGGACAACUUCAGCAGGCUAAAGCGGAGCGACUUCCGGAGACGCAACUAUCGCAGGCACCACUGAGAUCGCCGCCCAGUGAGGUCGUGGACGUGUUUGGUGCCAUGUUUAUUCCCGAUGUGUUCGUCAGUGAUAGAAUAUCCGCUACCCAGCCGUGGAGGCGAUAGACUGUCCCGAUCGACCAGUCUUGGCAGUCAGCUAGCGCGAAAGCGUCUCGAGCUUUCAAUCCAGGCCCGUUCGCGUGGGUGGUACAUUAUUGACCCUCCCUUCCUUGUGUCAGUGGUCGUGUCAGGGUAGCCGGCAACCGCCGUGCGGUGGGGAGAUGACGUCACUGCUAAUGUCCGAAUGACGUCACUGGACGUGGCGUCAUACUGACGGGUGACGCUAGGCUGUGCUUUGUGACAUUAUUUUUGUGAAUAUGCUUCAAUAUAUUUUGUAGAUGUGGA